AUGGCACAGCGUGUUUAUUUGGUGGUUUUCCUUUUGUGUCUCAGAUUAAUGUGUCCUCUUGCAACUGGAAUUUUUAUGGACAAGCUUGCCAGUAAGAAGCUGUGUGCUGAUAAUGACUGUGUCUACACUAUUUCCCUUGCCAGAGCAGAAGAGGAUUAUAAUGCUUCAGACUGCAGAUUCAUUGAUAUUAAAAAGGGGCAGUUGAUUUAUGUUUAUGCAAAGCUAGUCAAAGAAAAAGACUCUGGAGAAUUCUGGGCUGGAAGUGUUUAUGGAGAACAGUAUGAAGACCAUAUGGGGCCAGUUGGUUAUUUCCCUAGCAGUUUAGUCUCAGAACAACAUGUCUAUCAAGAAGCAAAUAAGACUCUUCCUACAACGGACAUUGAUUUCUUCUGCGAAUGGCGCUGA